AAAAAUGCCAUCUUCACUGCGUUUUCAUGGAGUUUUGUCUCUCUCCUCCUUCGCUUUCGAAGUGACGGUCUCGCUCGAGCUCCGACGGCUGCUCAGCACCCGGCCUCUUCACCAACGCUCGCGUCCUCUUCCGAUCGCCUGAAAAUGGCGGGCCGUCCGUGAAGCGUUGACGUCCUUAGGCUUGACUCUCGGUGGUGGAGUAGUAGUGAAAGAGAUGCAGUUCGGAUCAUGACCUUCAAGGAAGCGGUGCAUGAAUUCACCGCUGCUUUUGCUCGCGUGAACAAGGAAAGAACAUGGAUCACAAGACUUGGCGCUGGAAGAAAAGAUCAUCUGAGAAAACCAUUGUUACGAAUGAUAAAGCGGAUGACACGAUCAAUAGAACGGAAGAAAAGGUGCGAAUGACUUUUUCGGAGAAAGAAAUAGAAGGCCACGGAUCUUUCAAAGACCGCUCGGACAAAUUUGCUUCGAUCCUCAUUGACUGUCAAGCAAAAGAUGAGCUUAUCCUGAAACAUGAAAAGGCAACAGAAGAAGCUAUUGCAGACAGAGACAGAGCCGAGGCAAGGGCAAUUCUCCUACAGCAAGAACUAGACCAAGCUCUAAGGCAAGAGUGGCUGCAAACGAGAGAUUGACUCAUUUAGACACAGAACUGAAAGAAUGCACUGAGCAACUGAAUGCUCUUCAGGAAGAAUCAGAGCUGGCAACACUUGAUGCCAUUGCCAAGGCAUCAAGGGAAUUUAUAAAAGCACAGAAGAAAUCCGAUGAGAAACUACGUGAUGCUAGUAAGAAGCUUGCGAGUUUAUCUCUUGAGAACACUCGCCUCAAUGCCGAAAUCACAGCAAAAGAGAAACAGAUUGAAGAUCUCUAUAGACGUAAAUCACUGGCAGAAUCAGAGUCCGACGCGCUAAUGGCCAGAUUGGAUUGUACUGAGAAAGAAAAUGCUUUUUUAAAGUAUGAGUUCUGCUUGCUUGAGAAGGAACUCGUGAUUCGCAACGAGGAGUUGGAAUAUAGCCGGCAUUCUGCCGAAGUGUCGAACAAGAAGCACCAGCACAACCUGAAAAAAAUCUCAAAAUUGGAAGGAGAAUGUCAGAGACUUCGUCUCCUUACACAGAAAAGGUUGCAAGGUCCCCUUGCUUUGACAAGGAUGAAGGGUGAACUGAAAAUGCUGGGCAGCGAUCAAACCGAGGGAAGAAAAAUAAAGCCAGGCUUAACAACCGACCUUAUUGUCAGAGGAAAGAAUUCUCAUGAAAUCCCAAGCAAUAGGAUGAAGUACCUGAUCGAGCAACUGCACGAUGUAGAAGAGGAGAACAAGAAUCUCAAAGAAAUUAUAUCAAUCAAAGAUGCAGAACUUCAUUCUUCGAGGAUCUCACAUGCCGGGACAACUUCACGGUUGUUGCAGGUUGAGGCUCAGGUCACUGACCUCUCGAAUGGUCAAUGCAAGGAUUUGGUGAGGUGUGAACCUUUGUUGAACGAUCUCUUCCAAGUAUCUGAUUUAGACGACAGUGCUAGUUCCGGAUCAUGGGCAAAUGCACUGAUGUCAGAACUAGAGCAUUUCAGGAAUGGUAAAGUAACAAAUGCCUUGGAGUACAAGCAUACAAGCUUAAUGAGCGAUUUUUCUGAGAUGGAGAAGUUGGCUAUGGUUUCUGUAGAAUCGCCAUCAGGAAGCGAAAGUUUGUGUUGUUCAACCUGUAAAGAGAUGGUCAGAGGUGACCUGAGUUUUGGUGACACUAAGAAGAUGAUCCAAUCAGAAAACACACAAACUCCAAUGUCUUUCGACUGGCUUCAAGUUGUAUUGAGCGCAAUCAUGGAGCAACAGCGGGCUUCAAAAAGAAGCACGGUCAAGAUUCUAGAGGACAUUAGAAUUGCUUUAGGGUUAACGAAUUCCAGAACUCCCGAAGAAGCACAAGCAACAAUGACUCCUAUGUGCACUGGAGAAUCUGACAGUCCUCCAAUUUCUGGUUACCUAACCUGGAAGUCUCCAAUCGGAUCUCCGGUCAUUGGCUCCUUGGGUAAAGCAAACAUUCAAGAUGAAAUGGGAGGACAAAUUCCAUCAAAGCUGACGAAUUCUAUUGAAAAAAUUGUUCAUCUGGUUAAAAAAUUCAACCCAAUGUCUACCCUUCCUUCCGGAGACCUUGGAAAGAAUCAGAUUCCCUCAGCACUCAACCGGGCCACGCCAAAAGACUGCGAAAUCCACGUGUUUCAGUGGAAGAGCACAGAACUGUGUGUCAUCCUACAAAAGUUCAUUAGUACCUGUAACGAUCUCCUGGAUCAUAAGGCUGGUGUAGAAACAUUUGCUGAAGAACUUGCUUGUACUUUGGAUUGGAUCCUGGACAAACAUAGCACCCCGAAACAUGCUUCCAGUGUCAGACAUAAGAUCAAAAUGCAUGGUGGUUGGACCGAAUCGCCACUGAAUUCGAAGGAACCUGAAGUUUAUGAGGAUGUUCUACCCUUGGUGUCCAAGUCAACUAGUGUGGCUAAGAGGGAAUCAUCGUGUUCGCGCAAUCUGCAAGAAGAGAACCAGAGACUGAAACACGAGUUACAGAACGUGGAAACUGCUAAGGAAGGUUUGGAAACCAAGCUACAGAUGGCGAAUAACAACAUAAUAGUCUUGACAACCAAGCUUCAGCAAGCCGAGGAAAGCAUCAGAAGCCUGAACCUGGAACUGGAGAAUCUGAAGGAGGCGAAGAGAAUUGUUGAGGAUCAGAUGGAAAACCAGAAAUCGAUGAAUGAAGAUCUUGACACCCAGCUUACCGUGGCCAAAGCCAAACUCAACGAGGUCUUCCAGAAGUUUUCAUCAUUGGAAGUCGAACUAGAGGAUAAGAAUAACUGUUGCGACGAACUAGAGUCUACGUGUCUUGAGCUUCAACUUCAGCUAGAAAGUACCGCAAAGGAGACUCCACAGUAUGCAACCAAUCAAGAUCAAAUGCUAUCACAGAGUGGAUUGGAGAUCACUGCAGCUUCGGUCAAGUUGGCUGAAUGCCGAGAAACUAUUCUGAACCUCAGCAGACAACUGAAGGCUCUGGAUCCACUGCGGGAACUGGCAUUAUCGAACAAUGCUUUACCGGGCUCCGACUCCACAAAUACUUCCAAAAACAACAAGAGCUUGAACAAGCGCCUCUCUCUACGUGACCGGAUGCUGGCCGAGGACAAUCCUGAGGCUGCCAAGGAUCAAGAAAUAGCAAGCGAACCCAAUGCGGCGAAACUAAAUGCCUUGGUCGUUGCUAACGUUCCCGCCCGAACUCCAGAGGCAUAUCUCGGGCUACACAACAGAUCUGGCAACAGCUUCGCGGGGGCGCUCGCUGUCAUUCCCACCAAGAGGCAAGGCGGGAUCAGUUUCCUGGGGAGACUGCUGCUCAGGAGGAAGAGAAGGAGCAGGACAAGGUCCCAAUCUAUGUCCAAGAUAUGACAUUGGCAAGAACGGAGGAUUGGGCACUAGCUGGAGAUCAACAGCCCUGACCAUUGUUAGCGUUCCAUCUGGACAUGAGACCUUUCGGUUGUUCUGCUUGAAUAAUGAAGUCCUGCUGAUUGCUAGUUUGCGCACGGUUUGAUUUCUGUGUACAUAACCUAGUUCUAUGGAAAAACUUUAUUUUGUUUCGGUUCUCCUCAAA